AUGAUAGUAGUGCAAUUAAACAUUAAUCAUUGUAGGGCGGCACAAGACAUGCUUAUGCAGNACGUGAUGGAGACUGGGGCUGGAUUGGCAUGUGUUGCUGAACCGUAUAUGGUCCCCGAUUCACAGUUAUGGUUCGGGGACUUGGAUAAUACAGCUGCUGUUUAUUGGCAUCCGCGAGCGUGCAAGUUGGAAGUCCGCCCUAUUGUUAGGGGUAGAGNUUUCGUUGGUAUCAAGAUUGGGGGCUGGCGGAUGUUUAGUGUCUAUCUUUCCCCUAAUGAAUGCCGAAAAGAUUUUGAGGACCGUCUGGAUAGGCUGGCCGAUAGCGUCAGGAGAACAGGACCCUCCCCCUUUGUUAUUAUGGGGGAUUUUAAUGCGGCUUCGACGAGUUGGGGAUCAAAGCGCACUAAUAUGCGUGGCNAAGUGUUGGAAGAAUGGGCAGCUUCCCUCGAUCUAGUUUUGCUCAAUGUGGGUACCUCCCCUACAUGUAUACGGGCGCAAAGUACCUCGGUGGUGGAUCUCACUUGGUGCAGCCCGGAUAUGGCNAAAAAUAUGAGUAAUUGGAGAGUUAUUGGGGACACUGAGACCAUGUCAGACCAUGCUCUCAUUGAGAUGGAAAUCAAACAGCAUGUUGACGCGGAAAUAACAGACUGUCGAAGAAAGAAGCAGGCUACUUUCCCUAGAUGGUCAACGAAGAGUAUGAACUGGGAUUUGUUAACAGCUGCUAUGAUCACAAAGGAUUGGCUGUGUCCGCAGCCUGUAUUGUGCGACUCGGAGGAAGCGGCAGCCCGACUGGUUCAGCUCCUGGAGGAAGCCU